AUGCCGCCUCGCAGGCGGCCGCAGCCCUCCGCGGCUAGCAACAUCCGAUCUACUCGGCCUGCAACGGAGUCUGCGGAUCAGCCCACAACCGCCGCUGCAAAGCGGAAGCGCUCUUCAGUGUCCAAGAAAACCUCUGACUCAACCCGACCGACCGAGUCAGGCCCAGCCGAGCAUGGUAGUGGCCAAUCGCAUGAGCACUCGUCUCCAAACUAUCAGCACAGAGAUCCCUUCGAUGCGCUUCUCGAGCCCUUUUACUAUAACAAAUCGCUGACCGAUCCCAUCGAUACGGCCAAGGAUAAAUGGAAUCUCCUGCCCGCCUUCCUCAAAGUCAAAGGCUUGGUGAAACAGCACAUUGACUCCUAUAACUACUUUGUCGAGGUGCAGUUGAAGAAGAUUGUCGAGUCGAGCUCGAUGAUUCGAAGCGAUGUGGAUCAUAACUUUUACAUCAAGUUCACCGACAUCUACGUUGGAUCGCCCCGGCGCGCCGAUGAGCAGUCCGACGCCGGGUUCCACUUUGAAUCAAAUGUGACGCCGCAGGAAUGCAGACUUCGGGACACCACCUAUGCCGCGCCGAUCUAUGUCGACUUUGAGUACGUGCGUGGGCGUCAACGGGUCAUUCGGCGAGGUGUCUCCAUUGGCAGGAUGCCCGUCAUGCUUCGCAGCUCCAAGUGUGUGCUGACGAACAAAUCUCCCACGGAGAUGAGCAACCUCAACGAAUGCCCACUCGAUCCUGGUGGUUAUUUCAUCGUCAACGGGACGGAAAAGGUCAUUCUUGUUCAGGAGCAGUUGAGCAAGAAUCGAAUCAUUGUAGAGACGGAUCCGAAGAAAGAAAUUGUGCAGGCAUCCGUGACGAGUUCUUCCAACGAGCGAAAGUCGAAGAGUUAUAUCAUCCUCAAGAAGGAUAGGCUGCACGUGAAACAUAACGUGCUCAGCGAAGACAUCCCCAUUGUUGUCUUGCUCAAGGCCAUGGGCGUUCACACGGAUCAGGAGAUUUUGCUUCUGGUCACCGGCACCGACGAGCUAUACCAAGAUGAUUUUGCGAUCAACUUCGAGGAGGCCCAUAACAUUGGCGUCUACACUCAGCAACAGGCCCUUGAAUGGAUCGGGUCGCGCAUCAAAAUCAACCGGAAGCAAAUGGCCUACCGCCGAACUCAUGUUCAAGAGGCAGUGGAAGCCAUUGCCUCUGUCAUCAUCUCGCACAUCGAAGUCAAGGACAUGAACUUCCGACCCAAGGCCAUUUACGUUGCACACAUGGCCCGCCGUGUGCUGAUGGCCAAGAACGAUCCCACGCUGGUGGAUGAUCGUGAUUACCUCGGAAACAAGCGACUGGAAUUGGCGGGCCAGCUCUUGGCGUUGCUAUUUGAAGACAUGUUCAAAAAGUUUUGCUUCGAUAUCAAAAUGAACAUCGACAAGGUUUUGAACAAACGAAAUCGCGCCGAGCAGUUUGACGCGUGGAGCGUUGUGAGCAUGCAUGGCAACCAUAUCACCCAUGGCAUGAACCGUGCCAUCUCGACCGGCAACUGGAGCCUGAAGCGAUUCCGCAUGGAGCGUGCGGGAGUCACUCACGUUCUCAGUCGGCUGAGCUAUAUCGCUGCUCUGGGUAUGAUGACCCGUAUCAGCAGUCAGUUCGAGAAGACGCGUAAGGUCAGUGGUCCUCGUGCCUUGCAGCCGUCACAAUUCGGCAUGCUUUGCCCCGCCGAUACCCCCGAAGGAGAGGCGUGCGGUCUGGUCAAGAACUUGGCCCUCAUGACACACAUCACCACCAACGACGAAGAGGGUCCCGUGCGGAACUUGAUCUUCAUUCUGGGCGCGGAAGACAUCUCGACCCUGAGCGGAAAGCAAAUCUAUGGUCCUGGCGCCUACACCAUCUCCAUCAACGGUACACCGACCGCUCUGACCCGACGCCCAAAGCAUUUUCUCAACUCUUUCCGCAAGCUCCGACGAAUGGGCCGGAUCUCGGAGUUCGUGAGCAUCUUUAUCAACCACCACCAGCGCGCUGUUCAUAUUGCAACCGACGAUGGGCGUAUCUGCAGACCGCUGAUCGUGGCGGAGAAUGGCAAAUCUUGUGUCCGUGCUCACCAUCUGAAGAAACUCCGCGAUGGGACGAUGUCUUUUGAUGAUUUCCUUGCUCAAGGACUGGUUGAGUACCUUGAUGUCAACGAGGAGAAUGAUUCCUACAUCGCCAUCUACGAGAAGGACGUCAACGAGGCCACAACCCACCUCGAGAUCGAGCCGUUCACCAUGCUGGGCGCUGUCGCUGGUCUCAUCCCCUACCCCCACCACAACCAGUCUCCUCGAAAUACCUACCAAUGCGCUAUGGGUAAACAAGCCAUCGGUGCCAUUGCCUCCAACCAGUUCCAGCGGAUCGACUCCAUCCUCUACCUCAUGGUGUACCCACAGAAGCCGAUGGUCAAGUCACGGACUAUCGAACUGGUCAAAUACGAUCAACUUCCUGCCGGCCAGAAUGCAACCGUCGCUGUCAUGAGUUACUCAGGCUACGAUAUCGAGGAUGCUUUGGUGCUGAACAAGGGGUCCGUCGACCGUGGGUUUGGCCGAUGCCAGGUCUUCCGGAAAUACGUGACCAACCUGAAGAGCUAUCCCAACGGCACCAAGGAUGCGCUUAAUCCACCAGAGUACGACGGCGAUACCCCUAUUGCCAAACACCUGCUCCUGGAGGGCGACGGUUUGGCUGCUGUCGGUGAGAAGGUGAAUGCCGGCGAGGUGUACAUCAACAAAGUCACGCCCGACACGGCGCACACGACCGGCAUCACCGGUUCGGACGUCGGGAGAGCACCCAAACUUCUCCCCCAGCCGAUGACUUAUAAACUCCCGGACCCGGCGUACAUUGACAAAGUCAUGCGGUCCGUCACCGAAGGAGAAAACGAACUCAUCAAGGUUCUCACUCGGCAGACCCGCCGCCCGGAAGUCGGCGACAAGUUCUCCUCCCGCCACGGUCAAAAGGGUGUGGUGGGCAUCAUCGCCGACCAAGCCGACAUGCCCUUCACCGACGAAGGCAUCAACCCGGACAUCAUCAUGAACCCGCAUGGUUUCCCGUCCCGCAUGACAGUCGGCAAGAUGCUGGAGCUUGUGGCCGGCAAAGCAGGCGUGCUUUCGGGACAACACGGCUACGGCACCUGCUUCGGCGGCAGCCCUGUCGAAGAGAUGUCCCAGAUCCUGAUCGACCACGGCUUCAGCUACGGCGGAAAGGACUACCUCACCUCAGGUAUCACGGGCGAGCCACUGCCUUUUUACGUGUUUACCGGGCCCAUUUACUACCAGAAGCUCAAGCACAUGGUCCAAGAUAAGAUGCACUCGCGUGCGCGUGGACCACGCGCCCUCCUAACCCGCCAGCCUACCGAGGGUCGUUCGCGCGAUGGCGGUCUCCGUCUCGGUGAGAUGGAGCGCGACUGUUUGAUUGCCUACGGAACCAGCCAGCUGCUGCUUGAGCGGCUUAUGAUCUCGUCGGAUCGCCACGAGGUGGAUGUCUGCGAGAAGUGCGGCUUCAUGGGUUACUUGAACUGGUGUUCCCGCUGCAAGUCGUCUCGCUCCGUGGUCAAGAUGGCUAUCCCCUACGCUGCCAAGCUGCUUAUCCAGGAGCUUAUGAGUAUGAACGUUACUGCUCGUCUGAAAUUGGAGGAUGAGUUCCCGGAGAUGAAGGGUCGGUAG